GUCCACACAGUAUGCAGUAAACUAACUGAUUUAAAGGGACAGCCUAUUACAGUAGCUAACUGUGCUUUAAUCACUGGCCAAUCACACACACAUUGAUUGCUAUAAACUUUAUACAGUAGUAGUAUAAAGUAAUAUCAAUACAGUAAACCUCAUUGUGAUUUAAUAAGCGUCUAAAUUAGUGUCCAAACAUUGUCACAUGUUUUGCGUUACAAAACUUUUUUAUUUUAUUAUUUUUUUUUUGAAUGGCAUUGAAGUGAAUGUAUUACUUAUAAAUUAUAAACUUUUUUUUUAUUUGGUGUUUAAUUUUAUAACAAUGUUAUCAUAAUUUUAAUUAACAAAUUAAAUAAAUAGUGUCUGUGUGUGAACUGAUUUAAUAGUGUGAUAUUAUUUUUUUUAAUUUUAAAGACAUUUUGAGAUCAAUUAACAAUGAUUGAGUUAAACAAACCCGAACUAAUACUUGUGGACAUCGAGGGCACCACAACUGCCAUUACAUUUGUCAAAGACUUUUUGUUUCCGUACGUUAAGACACAUAUCAGCGACUAUUUGGAUGAAAACUGGAAUGAAAAUCAUUUACGCGAAGACAUCGAUCUGUUGCGCAAACAGGCCGUCGAAGACGGCAAACAAUCGACGACAACAUCAGAUGUCGUACCACUGAUUGGCGAUAACGACAACACUGAUAGGGAAACACUUAAGCAGUCCAUCGUUGACAAUGUCUUGUGGCAGAUGAAUGCCGACAGAAAGACAACGGCUUUGAAACAAUUUCAGGGAAACAUUUGGCGAUUUGGUUACCAAUCGGGCGCUAUUAAGGGACAUGUCUACGAAGACGCGGCCAAAGCGAUAACCAAAUGGACACAAGAGUUGAACAUAAAGUUAGCCAUAUAUUCAUCGGGAAGUGUUUUGGCACAGAAACUACUGUUUGGUUAUUCAGUUUUUGGUGACUUAACUAAAUUUAUAGACAACUAUUUUGAUACAACAAUUGGUCUGAAACUCGAGUCAACCAGUUAUACGAAAAUUGCCGAAACAUUGGAUUUGAUGCCAAAUAAUAUAGUUUUUAUUACAGACGCUGUCAAAGAGGCAAUUGCCGCAAAAAAUGCCGGUUUUAAUACAGUUUUAUCGAUACGCGAAGGAACCGAACCGUUAAGCAAUGAUAUUAUCAAUGAAUUUAAUACAAUUACAUCAUUUGCGGACAUUUUAUUCAAAUAA